GUUUACGUAAAGGGAAUACAUAUUACUGAAAAUGUGACAUUUCAUUUUCAUAUUUAAAGAUAUUUCAGGAUAUAUCUGUCCACUAACCUUAUGCCUGGUAUUAUAUCCAAACCGCUAUGUUCGUUCUGUGAGAAAUGGAUAGUUGGAAUUUAUAUUUAUUCUCUGAAGAAGAUCAUUAUUGGAAGAAAACCAAGGAGUUUAGGAUAUUUAGAUGUGCUUGGAACCUGAUUGCCAAUGAUCGACGUGAGUGAAGGUGUGUCAUCUGAACCCUGAUCAAAGUGACUUGGACUGACUAAUAAGAUGCAUGAAGAUACAAGGUAUGAUGCUCAGAAUCUCACCUGUGAUGCUGAAGACGAAGGUCCGGACUAUAGAAGAGUAGGGCUCCACAUCGGAGAAGACUUGCAUGAUGACGACUUGGAUGCCCUCAAGUUCAUCAGUCGAGAUUACGUGGCAGGUGGAAAACUAGACCGCAUAACAACGGCUACAGAGUUGCUAACCCAAUGGGAAAAAGUUGGGAAAUUUGGCAAAAAGAAUCCUUGGUAUCUUGCAGAAUGUUUGAAAAAGAUUCAGCGCAUAGAUCUACUUGAGGAAGAACUUGGAUUUGAUGAAAGUGUCAUUGAAACAAGAAUUCAGCAAGGUCAGUCUCAAAUAUCGGAUUACAGGAACAUGUUGUUAGCAGUGGCAGAAGAUCUUGAUUCAGAAGAGCUGCACAAGAUGAUGUAUUUGAUUGGAGACAUGAAGAAGAAGGACAAGGGAAAAAUUGUAAAUCCAAUGGCUUUGAUAACUUAUUUGGAACAAACAAAACUAAUAACACAAGACGAUCUUCAUAAACUCAAACAGUUGUUGGGGACAAUUGAUCGAAACGAUCUUCAAGAAGUUAUUUGUAAAUAUGAAGGUGCAAAAGGAUUAACUAAUUAUACAACUAAUAUGGAAGAAGGCAUGGAUACAUCAGAACCUUACGUUCCACCACAGCCUCAGCUGCCACCAAACACAAAAACAGGCCGCACCACUAUAGCAGAGAGGCCACCAGCUGUAGUGAAUCAGGUGCCAGCUGUGGAACACGAACAGUUGAGGGGGGUAGGGCGGGAAACCCCGGGGGUCACAGUUGAAGGAGCAAGAGCAGCAGCUCCAACUGCAGUUGCAGUAUCAAGAGUAAAAUAUCCUUUUGAAACAAGCACACAGCAAGUUUUCACCCCAGAUCAACUGCAGGACAUCACACGCAAACUAGCUUCUGAAUUACAUCAUGAGAACUGGACAGUGUUUGGGUUUAAUCUGAGAGUAGGUCCUGAAGUUCUGCAGCAACUGUCUCGUGUCUACCCUGACGUGACACAGAGGAUGCAUCAACUGCUGACAGUGUGGCUACAGACGUGGCAAGGAAGCCGUGAUGCUGCAAUGGCUGCCAUCAUCCAAGCCCUGCAUGAAGCACAGGUCCACCAUCUGGCAGAGCAGUUCUCCAGAAUAUACAGACCGUCAGAAGAAGGUACAUCCGAGUUACAGGACAUCAGUCUGGCAUCAAGACAACAGGGAACGUCUCUACACGACCAUGCCAACAUUUCUGUGAUUACAUCGGAGGCAAGAUACCAAGAACCAGAGCAAGUUCCACCCCAACCAGCAGUCUUGCCGGCUGUAGCAAGUUCUAGUCAUACACAAGAGGCCCCAGACAGAAUCAUGCCAUACUAUAGAAUGGACCGCAAACCCAGAGGGAUAUGUAUCAUAAUCAACAAUGAGGUUUUCUACAAAGACCCAGAGGACCGUGGAGCGAGAGAAAUGCCCAACAGAGAGGGGACACAGGUGGAUGCAGCAAAUCUGCUCAAGACAUUUACAGAGCUCUAUUUCGAUGUCCGCCAAUAUGAUAACAUGAAGAGUACAGACAUGGUCCGUGUGUUGGUUAAUAUGGCCCUGAAUAUAGAUCAUACAGAGUAUGACUCUUUUGUGUGUUGUGUACUAUCUCAUGGUGCCCAGGGGCACAUAUAUGGCACCGAUGGGAGGCUUGUCAGCAUCACAGACAUGACUGGGCCUUUCAAAUCGGUUGUGUGCCCAUCAUUAGCUGGCAAACCCAAAAUGUUUUUCAUUCAAGCUUGUCAAGGCAGAGAAAAACAAGAAGGUCAAGAGAUUGAGAGAGACAGUGCUGAACCAGAAGUGGAUGGGAUCCCAAGGGAGGUAAUCCCCAAUGAGGCUGACUUCCUGAUCGGCUAUGCUACUGUGCCUGGCUUUGUGUCGUACAGAAGUCGCAGCCACGGAUCCUGGUACAUAACCAAACUCUGUGAGAUGCUCAACAAGCAUGGUACAAGAUACGACCUCCUGAGUGUGUUGUUGUUGGUGAACAACGAAGUGGGCAGAGCUAAUGCUAUGAUGGAAGGGGGUCGGUACAAGCAGUCACCAGCACCACUCUAUACCUUGAGGAAGAAAGUAAUGUUCAAAUGAAGAUUUGGUGAGCUGUGGGCAGCCAACAGGGGUUUCUACACAGCAUUUCAAGCAGACAUGAUGGUAUUUGAUCCAAGAGCUGGCACCCCUGUCAGAGUGAAAUGUAAGACAACCAGGACAAGAGUUGGUCUUUCCAUCAAUGCCAGCUGCACAUGUAAUAAGAUUUACAUGAGGAUGAUCCUGUAUAAUAAUGUUCAUGUUAUCCUCGUAAUUAUACACAGGAUAUUUCAUCUUUCCAUAGUUGCAGGAUCCACCAUCACAUAUACAUCUGUGAUGUCUGCAAAAGCAGCAGCUCUGCUAGGGGUCCACACAAUAACAACUGUGUCUCUUGCUCCUGUAGGUGUUAGAAUACAAAUAAAAGUAGUAGUUCCAAUCAGAUGACAAAGUUUUCAACUUAUGAAUGUGAAUAACUGUUAUUCCCACACGGCUACAUGUCAAGGAUAAAACUCACUCCCAAGGUUUUGGUUGACAUUGUAAAUAUGAGAAGAGGGACAAGGGCCAAACCCGAGAGAAAGUGUUUUAUCCGACACUUGUCAACUAUUUUAUGUUUCCCACUUUUCUUGACGUCAAAUACCUCUUGCUGACAUACAAUUACUUGAAAUAGAGAUUCUUGUACAUGAGGAAGGCACCUUGGUUUAUCGUGCCUCUGCACCCUAGUUACAGGUUUAAUCCCGCUGAAAUAUAAGCUUUCACCUCAUACCUCACAUUUCCUUAAAUUAGCACUGUAAUGUGUGUUGUUGAUAGUGUUCAAAUACAAAAUAAGUCUGGGACAGAGAUAUUUUGUAGAAAGUCCUUGCAAAGAGAUUAUUCUAUAAAAAGAAGUUACCCAUAAAAGCAAUAAGAUGUCACUAGAUGUUCCUAAAAUAAGAGCAUGAUGAUGGGAAAACGUUUGUUCAGAUUUGUAAGUUGAAAAUAUUUAUUAUGAAAUUUUGUUAGAAUAAUCCCCUGUCGGAUGCUCACAGCUAACACCAGCAAUAUCAAAAUAUAUAUGAAAUAUGUUUAAUAAGCACACUUCUGUAAUCUAGCCAUCUUUAGAGGCAACAGUUGUACCAAUGUUGAACUACCCAUGUCCAUGAGCACCAUGCCUGUAUGUUUCAUUAACAUUAAGUGAUAACCCCCCAGCCUUCCUUCCCACAUUAUGCAGACACAACUCCAGCAACCAUAUUUACAUCCCUUGAAAAAGAAUAAGACCAUAUAUCAUCCACUCUACAAGUAACACUCAUGCCAAUGCAGAAAAGACCCUCCUAGCAAUAUUUUCAACAAACCUUUGCUUAGUUACCUGUAGUGGUGUUGCAAGUGUGUGAAAUCUUCUAAAUGUAGACAAAUCUGUGUUAAUAAUAAUUUGGGACAUUUAAUAUAACACUGUGAACACAAUGUUGAAUUAGAUUUUAAGUUUGUUAAAUGAAUAAGAAUGUUUGUCCAUUAACGAAAAUCAACAAGUCAUACAAAGAGGUUUGUGCCACUCAUAAAUGUAAAUACCAGUCUUUUUUUUGUACAGUCUUUUGUAAACACCAUGUAGAGCGAGUUCUUAUUUGGAUAAAUCCAUUCCAAUCUGAACAAGUAGAGAUUGCUGCAGAGCAUCAAUAGCUCCCCGCAAUAUAAUGUUAUGUGCAGAGGAAAUAAGUGUAAGCUAUGGGAGGAGAGAAUUUGUGUUCAGUACAAAUUGGUUGUUAUUAAUGUACUU